CACACACUUGUUCUUCACUGUAUCAUCAAUUAUUACAUAUAUCAUCCAUUUUCUUAAUUAGUCACUCCAUCCAUAGGAACAUGGAGACAGUUGAAUUGAAGGUAGAGAUGGUUGGAAUACAUGAGAAAAGAGUGCGGAAAUGUCUGUCUAAAUUAAAAGGAGUAGAGAAAGUGGAAGUGGAAGGGAAGAGUGAGAAAGUGAUUGUAAUGGGUUAUGCACACAAAAACAGAAUACUUAAAGCAAUAAGGAGAGGUGGUCUUAAAGCUGAUUUCUGGUCUCCUCAAAAUGAACUCCUUCAAGCUUAUGCUGCUUCUUACUCUUCUAAUUUCAUAUUUAACAAAUUCUCCUUCUUCUAGCCACCUUUCAAUUCUAGAUCUUUUGAUUUUUUGAAGCAUAGUGUAUACAAAGAAUGAAAUGGAAGAGUUUUGGAUUGAGUUUGAUACAUGUACUGUUUGUUACAUUAUCUCCAUUUGUAUCAACUAUGAUGGAUGAUCACUUUUCGAGUAAUUUAUUUAAGUUAUAUA